AUAGUGGUGGCGGCCGCAGUCAGUUUGCUGAAGAUAUGUGGUCUCGGGUUGCUGCGAUCGGAGCCCGCCGCUUCGCCUCUCAUGCGCAUAAGCACGUGCCGGAGCAGUUCGUCCGCGACCAAAUCGUGUCCGUGACGCUGUUAGACUGGGAAGGCAGCCGCCAUGUCGUGCAAGGACGUGUGGGCCAGUCCCUCUUUGAAGCGUCGCGCCUGUCGGGUCUUGAUAUCAUCCAAGACGACACCCUUGGCGGCGGUGGCGCCGCGUACAGCGCCAUUCGAACGCCAGAGUUCACGGAGAACUUGUUCGGUGAAGGCCCGGCGUCGUUCUUGUCCCAUGUAGUCGUGUCCAACGAAUGGGUGGACAAGCUUCCGUUGCCCACGGACCGCGAAGUACGCAUCUUGGAAGAUGUGCCCGAGGACGACUGGACCAAGAACUCCCGCUUGGCGACUGAAAUCAUCCUGACCAAGGACUUGGAAGGCCUUGUGGUCGCCGUGCCAGAAGCCCAGCCGAUUGAAACGUUCACGUACACCAACUCGUACGAAGACGAAGGCCCGCCGCAGUACACCAUGUUCCCUCCGUCGCUUCGCGGCGAUUAGAAUGAAACACGAUUUAAGAGUCGAGUAUAUGUAUAACAAGGUGGACUGGUCCUCGACUAUCAACCUCGCCGCCCCAAUAUGCCAUUUCAUUGUCUU